UCGCGUCGACGGGCGGCCGGGAGCCCGCGCCUCGCCACACUGACUCUGCACACGCUGCUCACACUCACUUUUCUCCUAGUACGUUUUUUGAAUGCGCGCCGGUAACAGCGGGCACGUGAUACGCCCGCGGCCGCUGUUUUUUUCUCUCUCACUCGGCUUUUGACGGCCGGGUGUCGCGUGCGAUCUCGCCCAUUUCCCGCCACUUCCACUAGCUUUCGGAAAAGUACACCGGUAAAGAAGUUUUUGGCGCGAAAUGUGCGGUUCGACGGCGAGCUCGCCAAAAAUACCGGCCGUCCGUGGUGAAUGCUAAAAUGACUGGUUGGUUUUGUUUGUGAAGAAGUUUGAGCUGUGUUGGUCGGUUCGCGAGAUUAUCUGACUGCCUAGGAGACGUUUCAAAUAAUGGAUGAUUGGGAGCGACACGUGACUCCACUCCUGCAAGACAUGGGGUGCCCCAGCGAGGACGCCCAGGACGACUUCUUUAAUCAGCAGGACUUGCUCGUGGGCAGCAGCGGGGCGGGCGCCGGUGGCGCAGCCACCUCGCCGGACGGGGGCUCGAGCUCGGCGCCGCCGCUGUCACCGGGCGGGUCCGGCGUGGCCGGCGGCGCGCUCUCCCCUGGCGCCGGCAGCCACGCCAGCACGCCCGCCGCCUCCUGCUGCGACACGCCGCGGCCCAUCAUCACCGACCCUGUCUCCGGACAGACUGUGUGCUCGUGCCAGUAUGAUGGAGCCCGUCUGGCUCUCACCUCCUAUCCCCGUCUGUCCGGUGCCGCGGUCGGCGUCUAUGGAACACCUUAUCCGUCGACAGAUCAGAACCCCUACCCAAGUAUCGGCGUGGACAGCUCAGCGUUCUAUUCACCUUUGAGUAACCCUUACGCGCUGAAGGAGGGUGGCGGCGAGAUGUCUGCGUGGACGUCGGCUGGCCUCCAACCCUCCGGCGGCUACUACCCUUACGACCCGACGCUCGCCGCCUACGGAUACGGAGCGGGGUAUGAUCUAGCUGCGAGGAGGAAAAAUGCGACGCGAGAAUCCACCGCGACGCUGAAAGCGUGGCUCAACGAGCACAAGAAGAACCCGUACCCGACGAAGGGUGAGAAGAUAAUGCUGGCGAUCAUCACCAAGAUGACGCUGACGCAGGUGUCGACGUGGUUCGCGAACGCGCGCCGCCGCCUCAAGAAGGAGAACAAGAUGACGUGGGAGCCGAAGAACAAGACCGACGACGACGACGACACGAUGCUCUCCGACGACGACAAGGACAAGGACGAGCACGACGACAAAAUUAAAACCCACAAAGAUGAGGAGCGGAAGGGCGACGAGCUGUUGCAGGGGAUGCAUCAUCAGCUUUUGGGCUACGGAAUAAAAGAAGAAUCGAAAAGGGGUGCAUCCGACUGCGGUGUCCCGAUACCGGCCUCGAAGCCUAAGAUUUGGUCACUGGCGGACACGGCAGCAUGUAAGACGCCACCGCCGGCCGCGCAGCCCUGGCCGCAGCACUCAUACGGCCCCCCUGAACGAACGGCGCCUGCCGACGGGGGUUCCAACGGGUUCGCGUUGCCCGCCACGGCAGCCGCGAGCCCGGCCAGCGGCUCGUACGGCCGCUACGGUGGCUUCCCCGGCGGGCAGUAUGGCGGUCAGCACCCGUGCGUACACCCGGCCGCUUUCCCUGACGUGCAGACGGACACGCCACCACAGACACCACCGAACAUGAAGGUGCCGAGCGUGGCCAACCCGCUUGGCAGCGGCGGCGGUUCAGGCUACUGCUUCCCCCGGCACCAGCAAUCGCCGCAACGCGACCCCUACCACAACGCCCACCACGCCGCCAACAACCACCAGCCCAACCAACCUCAUCACAACGAAGGGUCUGCUGCCUUCAAGCCCUUCUAUAAAAGUUCCAUACAACACCCCAACGGUUUCGUGUCUGCCGUGUGAAAGCGUUCCGCGCAACACUAGCGGUAAAGUAAGUGAGAGCUGGGUCGCCGCAAGCUCGUCUGCCGCACGAGACUUUAGAGACUGUCGUUAACACAGUGACACAGUGGUUCAGUUCUUAUGAUCAUUUAUUCUUAUGAUCGACAACGCAUUGUAGCAUAGGACUCUGCUGAAUACACAAUUAAGUCGUUAGACUCUUGUAAAAAAUAUUCAUUUGGUACAUAUGUACGUUUAUUUGUAUAUCGCAUAGUGUAAUUUCUAAAUUGCUAAACUAUAGUGCACAGUUUAUUAUGAUGUAUAAAGAGAUUGUUUAAGUUCUUGGAUAUUGUUAAAUGCGACUGCGCGGAAUGUUCGCCAUCGAUCGUCGACUAUCCAAUUAUUGUCAAAUGAAAUAUUGUACGAAAUCAACGUUGCUCAGUAUUUUGAUAGAUUUAAGAAUAUUAUGGAGUAUAAUCCAAAUUAUUUAUAGACACGAAAAGCGCAAUUAUGUAUGAAAUAUUUUGACCACGAUUGGUUAUAGUAUAGUUAAAUAUGAGUUUAGUUGGAUUCAUGGAUUUCAAUGCCCGCGGUACGUCGCGGGAUCUUAUUUAAUGAUAUGUUGUUUAUUUAGUUCUUCCACAAAUGUUUAAUUUGAUUUCUUCGGAGCAAUAAGUUAUUCGUUAGUUCAGGUGCCAGAGUUAACUUUGUUUAGACUCUAAGUGAUUUGUACAAUGUACAUUGGUUGCGAGUUGCGUAUAAUACGGAAGUGACUUCGGUUCAUCCGUACACGGUCCGUACAACACAAUAUAAUAUUUAAUUUUGUUAAUAUCUAUAGUGUAAUCAAAUAACGUCGAUUCGAUUAAUGUUGUUGUCCUUGUAUAUAUAAAAGAUGUUUUGUAGAUUUUCUAUUUUUAGUUUGUCAUCAAGUGUACAAAGUAAUUAAAACUGUUGCACCGAAUUCGAUGUUAUUUACGGACACUUCGGAGUGUACUUUAUAAAUAUUGUUUAAAAGUAUUAUUAGAAUACAUUGUACAUAAAUAUAUUUCUGAUUAUCAUUAUUUUUAAAUCGGUCGCAGUCACUUUCGAUGAUCGCAUCCAGUUUUAAAUGCUUCAUAAAAUAUUUAUCUAAUUUUAGUCACUUGGGUAUAUUGUAAGGAAUAUUAAAAAUAAUGACAAUUUGUAAAGAACACUAAAAUUUUAAGAAAUCGACAUAUUGUACUGACGAUAUCUAUUUGUAUAAAUAGCGUGUGAAGUUACUGAAAUGAUUUUAUACUGAUACUGGCAGUAAGUAUUAGUAGAUACACGUAAAACUCAAUCUCUAUUUGACUAAAAUGCAAUCGAAAUAUAAUUAAGUUAUAUGAAUAACAACCUGUCCCUAUCAUGAGUAAGCAUUCUAAUCCGUUGCACGUUUUAUAGUAGUUGUUUUUUUUAUUUUACAUUCAUACCUCUGUAAAUUUAAUACUGUCAAUUUGUACUUAGUGUCUACUAUGUAUACUUAUACUUACUGUCAAACCCGGCUUGCUGUUAAGAAGGCUCAACGAUCGAAAUGCAUCGACUAUUUUAUUUUCUGUAUUGACGUAAAAAUAGGUCACAAAUACAUAGGCUUGGAGGCUCACUGUAUCGGAAAUACAUAAAAACAAUGUGACCAAAUCGAAUACAUUCGCUUAAUAUUAAAUGUUCUAUAUAGAUAUUUAUAGAAUAUAUGCCUAUAAAAUAUUAUUAUUAUGAUUAAAAUUAUGUAACGAUUGUAAUUAAAUCUUUA